AUGAGGGCGGGCGGGGAGCAGGACGCGUUGGCCGUGCUUGGCGUUCCGCCAUGGCGCCCGCUCAUGCAUCAUGCAGCUACUGAGCUGGGGUAUGCUGACGUGCAUGUGCCGGGCGGCAGUCACAGCGUCUCCGUGGAAGAGCUGCAGCGUGGCUGGAUCGCCUCGUCGCCCGUCGCGAGCGAUACCGGCACCAUUCGCCAGAGCAUUUAUGAGCGGCUCCAUCAUGCAGACAUGCUGAUGCACAUCAGUGACAUGCUCGAUCAUGUGCGCAGCAGUCGGCGCACGGGGCCCCGUCGCAUCGUGUCCUUGCCUUCCUCAGCGCCUGUGCCACAUGGUACGCUGGGCGAUGACGGCGCUCUUGCCGCGUUCAUACGCGACUUAUCCGACCGCCAGCUCCCUAUUGAGCACGUCGCAAAGCGUACGCAGCGCUCUGUGCGCAGCGAACGUCUUUUGGACCUGCUAUGGCAGGCACCGGCGCCCGACUAUGUCCCUAUACCCCGAGCCGUUUGGUGGAUUCGUAGGCAAGGCGCACUGAAGGCAAAGGAAGCGUCGUACACACCUUCCUGGACCUACGAGGUUGUGGAGUGGCUCACACAGCUGUUGCAUGCGCCCCUGCAUCCUCAGGCAUGGUGCGAACGUUGGACCUACGCGACGGCAUUGGUGCUGGCCUUGCUGCGUGAGAGUCUGCUUGAUUCGUUUGUGUGGCACAUGUGGCUCGUACAGCAGCUUGACUGCAUACGAGAUGCGCGGCGUGCAUGUAUCGCGCAGCUUGUGGCUAUGCAUCUUCCCGCUAUGCUCACGCACCCGACCGUUUCACCACGCAUGGUGGCGUCGCUCGCUCGGCUCGCCUGUGAGACGACGUGGCUCGGUGCACAGGCGCAAAGUCUCUUGUCCUACUGUGAGAAGCAGUGUCCAGCGAUGCUGGUGCAUGCGCGCGCCCUCUUGGACGAUCCGCAGGUGCUGUUUCAGCAUGUGCCCCAGAUGGACGAGACGUUGUCUAUGCAAGCCGAGCUUCUCCAUGCCGCGGUGUUCCCGCUGCUCCCGCAUGAUGCGACGUGGGACGCUGCGGCUGUGCGAAUCCUCGAUUCGCAGCUGGGCAUCACGCCCAUGUUCCUCGACUACUUCCUGCCGCGCGAAGCUUCGACGACGGCGUUUGCCGUGCGCCGCCUCAAGAUCUUGUAUGAAUGGGCGUGCACGCCGAAGCGGCGAGGCAUCCAUGGCGGCGUGCAUCGUGCAUACACGGCCACGGCGCUGGUGCGUCUUCUGAACGAGUGUCAGUCGCAGCGCCUCACAUCGUCCGACGGCCGCCUCCUUCCAUGCCCGUGGCAUCCGCCGCUCUCGAUCCAGGUCACGACGCUGGCAUGGAUUGACGAGGCAUUCGGUGGGCCAGAUACGUCGCGUCCUACGCGCGCAGCGGCGCGACUGCUGGGCGCGCUUGUCUCGGCCAAGCUCUUCCACUACAUGCAUUUCUUGCAGCAUUUGCAGAGCCGCGGGAUCAUCAAGCCCAGGCACGAAGCACGCACGUCGUAUGCGCGCCUUGAUGCGCCUGAGCUGCUUCGUCUGCUCCGCAGUAUACCCGUGCACCACCUCGCCCCUGCGCAGGUGCAGCAGCGGCGCCUGGCGAUCUACGGCACGCGCACAUCUGAGUCGCACGAGGAGGGCAUAGAGCGCCGCGCGACGCAAGAGCUUCGUACGUUACUGUCGACGUAUGGCGUAGUGGUGCCGGACGCCGCGCCGGCGGAGCUGCCCGCUACGGCGCUUGUGCCGACGUCGCCGCGCACAGCGCCGCCGACCGCCGACAUUCUUGACGCCUUGCAGCUGCGCUCGCGCCUGCCGCACGUGUGGCUCGCUUCGCCGUACGUGCAGUCGCGUAUCGUGGACCAGUUCCUCGCGCCUGCGUUGCUCCAUGACGUGUCGGUGCUGAGUGCCGACGGCUUUGCCGUCGUGGCGUCGGUGCUGACGGGCAUGUACGAGAUGGAAGUGCUGGGCCGCCUCAUGUGUGCGCUGCUGGAUGGCCACAAUCUGGCGUGCGUCGUGUCGAUUUGCCAUACGAUCGUGGUGCAUGCGUGCAUCUUUGAUGCGCUGGGCAUGGCCACCGAUCUCGUGGAGCGUCUGGUGCCCUAUGCGAUUGCCGAGCCGAAUGCGCCGCCCGGCAUGGAGCACGUCGUGCCCGCUGCUGGUCGCGGCAUGGCCGUGGGCAUGGCGCGGCGAGCGUUGCAUGCGCUGGGGCGCCUUGAUGUGCCUGUGCCGACGUAUGCGCCCAUGCCGCAGGCGCCUGAAAGCCCAUGGCCCAGGGCGUGUGCCGCCUCGUGGUUCGAUGCCCUCUUGACCAGCGACGCGUCGUCGUCGGUGGCGCUGUACGCUAGUGACGAGGCUGCCUCGCAGCUCCUCGUGCACGCGCUCGACCGACUCGCGCAGUCGACCGACUUUCCGCCCGCCGUGCUCACGACGUACAUGGCGACACUCGCAGGCACAGUGGGUGUGCGUCUUGACGACGUUGUGCAUGCGUGGAUCCGUCGAGCGUGGGAGAGGGACGCGCCGCAUGUCUCGAGCAUGUGGACCGUGCUGGUGCUGGGCCUCGUUCGACACGACCUCGUCGAUGCGACGCGUCUGCUGCAGCUUGUGCUGGUCCCGUUUAUCGAGCGUGCGCCGGCGUCGCACACUGGCUGGGACGCGUGCAUGGCCCUGCUGUACACGCUCGUGUUCACAUACACGAAGCAGGGUAGUGCGUGCUCGAUCGGCGUCGUGGGCGAGUCGAGUUGGUACGACGUGAGUCUCAUUCGCACGGGCCUCGGCUGCACAGACGGACUCGUGCCGCUCCUCGCCGCCCUCGACACAUGCGAGGCGCCGCAGCGCUGGGCGUGCUGGGACGUCUUGUCGUGCCAGGUCCACAAACUGCACGCCGUGUGGCUCGCGUACCCCGACGCCGUCUGGCGCGGCACACUCGCCUUGCCGGACGCCCACCGCUACGAGCGCGUGCGGCGCCUGAUCCACACGUUCAUGGAGCAGGAGCCGCGUGGCGCCCUGCUGCAGCCGCGCAUGGCGUCACUCGAGUCGCCUCUCCUGCCGCCGCGCCAGUCGCUCGACGACAUGUUCGACGGCGCCCUCGCCGCGCUCGAAUAG